GGGUUUUUCUCCAUUUCAGCUUUAGUGUUUGUUUCCCACUUAUAUUUCAGUUGCUUUCUCUGCUUCUCAGCUUUAUAAGCUACUUAGAUUAAUGGGUUGUUAUGUUAACUUUAGUUGUUGGAGUUUCCAUUUAUUUUUAAGAGAUUGUUUCUGGUUUUUUUUUUUUUUUAUUUUGUUUGGAGAAAAGGAGUUCACUGUUUCAGAUCUUAGUAGAGAGGUAUUAGGGUUCUGUAUCAAGGGCAAUUUAGAGUUAAUAAUUUUGUGUUUAAAAAUAAAUUUUUUUUUUUUUUUCUGAGAGUUUAUUUUUAUUUAUUUGAAAGUUGUGUCUUUUCAAGAUUCCUUGUGGAGUAUGCCCCUAUAAAUGAAAAAAGCUAUUCUGAUUCCUUGCAAAUGCUUCAUGAUUUAACACUGAUAUUUUUCAUUGUGAUACCUCCACCUCCACUUCUCUACUCUACAUUUUCCUCUCAUAGCUUCUCUGCCUCUUGCUCUGCCUUUCCUCUGUUUCAUCUCUCAACCCAAAAGCUUCAAAUUUUGAAUCACAAAUCACUGUAAAACAAUCAAAAACCUAUCAUAUCACUUCUAAUUCAUUAACAUGUUGCAUUAGUUUUGUGUUUUUGCCAUCAACUUUGCUGUGAUGAAGUGGGAACCAGAAGUAAUCUCCCCUUCACCAUAUCUUUCAACCAACAAUUGGGUUCUUGAAGAUAGCAAGACCACAAAAUGGACAGCCCAAGAGAACAAAAUUUUUGAGAAUGCUUUAGCAAUAUAUGAUAAGGAUACUCCUGAUCGAUGGCACAAAGUCGCGGCGAUGAUCCCUGGGAAGACAGUUGUAGAUGUAAUUAAGCAGUAUAAAGAAUUGGAGGCUGAUGUGAGCAAUAUAGAAGCAGGGCUGAUUCCAAUUCCAGGAUAUAAUAAUACUAAUUCCUCUCCAUUCACAUUAGAGUGGGUUAACAAUCAUAAUAGCUAUGAUGGGUUCAAGCAAUCAUGUGGAAUUGGUGGAAAGAGGUCCUCGUCAGUUCGCCCUGCUGAGCAAGAAAGGAAGAAAGGAGUUCCGUGGACAGAAGAGGAACAUAAGCUGUUUCUGUUGGGAUUGAAAAAGCAUGGCAAAGGAGACUGGAGAAACAUCUCGCGUAAUUUUGUUACCAGUAGAACGCCAACUCAAGUGGCUAGUCAUGCUCAAAAGUACUUCAUCAGGCAGCUCUCUGGUGGUAAAGAUAAGAGGAGAGCUAGCAUUCAUGACAUAACAACUGUAAAUCUGAACGAUGUGAGAACUCCUUCUCCGGACAAUCAAAGCCCUCCUUCACCAGAUCAGUCCACAGGGCUUUCUGAGCAACCUGGUUCUGGUGGCUUGUCCAGAACACAAUUUCAAUGGCAUCAUCCAAAUAAUGGAUCAAUCAUGUCCUUUAGUUCAACACAAGGAAAUAUGUUAAUGACAUCCCCUUAUGGGAUGAACUCAUAUGGUCUAAAAAUGCCAGGACAGAAUCUGCAAAGAGGUGCAGUGAAUGAGCCUUACUUUGGACUUCAAAAUCUGGCUUUUCAGAUGCAAUACCCUCAUGGAUAAGAUGCUUUUUUCUUUGAAGUAUCAGUGGCUCGACCAGCAGCCGUGUUUUCUUUCAACAGCUCAUUAGUAUAGUUGUGUACUUGUAUUUGUGCUUUUUCCUUGUUUUUAUGUAAAUAUAUUUUAUGAAGAAUUUGAGUUUAGUCAUGGUAUUAUUAGAA